AUGCCCGUGGGCCGCUCCCUUCCCCCUCAGCUGGACCAGCCCCAGCCCAUGGAUGCUGGGGUUCCUGGGCUGUGCACCCCAUCACAAGUUCUUCCCUCAACACCAGCCUGCUGCAUCUUGCUGUGUUGCAUAUCUGGCAGCUGUGUCCUGUCUGUCUGUCCUGGGAUAAAUGUCACCAAGGCACAGGCCACAGCAGUCACUGUUGUCAUUCCUUGCUCGUCCAUCCGCCCCUCACCUGCCUCUCCUUCCCGCAGGGACCGGAUCGCUCGGAUCGGUCUGGGCGUAAUCCUGAACUUAGCCAAGGAGCGGGACGUUCCCCAGCUGGCCCAGAGCAUCUCUGGGAUCCUGGAGCACAUGUUCAAACACACGGAGGAGACCUGCUUCCAGCUCAUCUCCGACGGAGGCCUGGACACCAUCCUGUACUGGUGCCGCUGGACGGACCCCGCCGUGCUGCGCCACUGCGCCAUGGCCUUGGCCAACUGCGCCAUGUACGGGGGCCAGGCCAACCAGCGCCUGAUGAUCGAGAAGAAGGCGGCAGAGUGGCUUUUCCCGCUGGCCUUCUCCAAAGACGACGAGCUGAUCCGGCUGCACGCCUGCCUGGCCAUCACGGUGCUGGCCACCAACAAGGAAAUCGAGAAGGAGGUGGAGCGCUCGGGGACGCUGGCUCUGGUGGAGCCCUUCAUCGCCUCGCUGGACCCCGAGCAGUUCGCCCGGGAGAUGCUGGGCAGCAGUGACAACAUCCAGGGCCGGACGGCGCAGGACCUGCAGCGCCUCGUGCCCCUGCUGGACAGCUCCCGGCUGGAAGCCCAGUGCAUCGCCGCCUUCUACCUCUGCACCGAGGCCGCCAUCAAGGCCAGGCAGAAGAAAACACAGAUUUUCAGUGAGAUCGGGGCUACACAGAGCCUGAAGAGGAUUGUGUGCUACUCCACCAGCAGCACCACCUCCUCCCUGGCCAAAAAGGUGCUGCGCAUGAUAGGGGAGGAGGUUCCUCGGCGCAUCCUGCCCACAGUUCCCAACUGGAAAUCCUGUGAGGUGCAGACGUGGCUGCAGCAGAUCGGAUUCGACAAAUAUUGCCAAAUAUUCCUGGAUCACCAGGUGGACGGGGACAUUCUCCUGAGGCUGACGGAGCAGGAGCUGCAGAAGGAUUUGGGGAUGGACUCCAGCAUCACUCGGAAAAGGUUUUUCCGGGAGCUGACGGAGCUCAAGACCUUUGCCAACUACUCCACCUGCGACCGCAGCAACCUGGCCGACUGGCUGGGGGGCAUCGACCCCAAAUUCCGGCAGUACACCUACAACCUGCUCACCUGCGGCAUUGACCGCAACUUCCUGCACCGGGUGACGGAGCAGCAGCUGCAGGAGGACUGUCACAUCCACACCGGCUUCCACCGCGUCCGCAUCCUCACUGCGGCCCGGGAAACGCUUCACUCCCCCAUCACGCUGCAAACCACGUCCAACGGGACCGAUGUGUUCAUCAGCUACCGGAGGAGCACCGGCUCGCAGCUGGCCAGCCUGCUGAAGGUCCACCUGCAGCUCCACGGCUUCAGCGUGUUCAUCGACGUGGAGAAGCUGGAGGCAGGGAAGUUUGAAGACAAGCUGAUCCAGAGCGUCCUGAGCGCCCGGAAUUUUGUGCUGGUCCUCUCAGCAAACGCGCUGGAUAAAUGCAUGGAGGACCCCGAGUGCAAGGACUGGGUACACAAGGAGAUUGUGACAGCCCUGAACUCUGGAAAGAACAUUGUGCCUGUUACAGACCAUUUUGAGUGGCCAGAUCCAGAAACACUUCCCAAGGACAUGAGGGCUGUGCUGAAAUUUAAUGGUAUCAUGUGGUCCCACGAGUACCAGGAGGCCACGAUUGACAAAAUCAUCCGCUUUCUCCACGGCCGCUCCUCCCGGGACUCCUCGGCUGGCUCGGAGAACGGGCUGGACUGUUUGCACCCCCUGGGGCAGAGCUAGAACCAGGACAGCAGUCUCAGACACUCCCAGGUGACCCCUUGUUGUGUGGGUCCAAAUUAAUCCCUCCUGACUUUUUCUUUGAGAGAAAACCUGUGUCUCUCACUCCCUUCUCACCCUCCAAGAACAAGCCCCUGGCCCCCAAAGGCCAGCACUCACUCCCACAGCGCCCGAGGAGCCAAGCCAGGCUGGACUCUGAGAUGGAAUAUGUGUCUUCCACGUCCCCCUGUGGGGUGGCAGGACAUGCAUGGGCUGUGAGGGAGACUGGCACCAUCCAGACCCCCAAAAGCUUCCCCCAGAAGCACCUCCAAAGAGGAGAGAUCUUCCAAGGGCUGAAAACUGGAGAAGUGUUGAGAAUCCAUCGUAAGAGGACACAGGGGAGUGAAGAACAAUUGAGAGGAAUGUGUGGCUGUGCUGUGUGCCCCAGGAAUACUCCUGUGGUCAGAAACCCAGAGCAGGAAAGGGCAAAUAAAAACUAAGCCCUAACAAAA